AUGAAGAAGAACAGUUGGACUACGAACCAGAUUAGGCUCCUCGAAAUAGGAGAGCAAGAAGACUGGACAGAAGAAUAUGGAGAAGAACAGAUGGAGUAUGAUGGAGAACUAGAUGAAGAAACUAAGGCUUUCGGUGCAGAAUUAGAGAGCCUGUUGCAGGGUGAUCUAGGCAUUAAUAUGGUGUUUAUCUUGCCAGAAAAUUUCAGGGCAACAGAAGGACAAGAAAACACUAUGGGGGGAGACGUGCUCUCCCAGGAAAGCUUUGAGUACAGAUUGGCAGAGGUAGAGGAGGCGCCAGAAGAACAAACACUUACUGCCAAAGCAGGCAGAACUGCCAUGAAAGUAGCCGCAGAACAGCUUUGUUUUUCCAAACCAACCAAAUAG